CCGGAGCGGCGGCCGCCGCCUCGCACGGUAGCGCAGUAGUUCCGGAUUACCCUCCAAGCGCGCCGCCGACCCGCGUAGUCCUGUGACCGCGUCAACUGUUCGCGCCGACGGACGACGACGACGAGAGAUAUUUCGCGCGAUUUCCACUUCCGUUUGCCGUUCGAAUAAAAAUCCCUCCGUCGUUUAUCGUUAUUAUUAUUAUUAUUCGUUUAUUUUAUUUUAUUUUAUUUUAUUUUUCGAUUAAUAUUUUAAACGAUUUUGGUCGUCCGUCCGCGGAGCACAGUGCAGUUGGUUUACGCGCAGUGUCCGAGUGCGAGUCGGGUUUUAGCGUUACGCGAUUAUCGGAGUUAGAUGUGUGUGCGUGUGUGACUUUUUUUUAUUUUUAUUUCGUCGUGUCGAGUUCGGUUUUUUUUCUGAAAAAGUUUUCCUCGAACAGAUAAUCGUACUUGACGGAUGUCAAAUUCGAAAUAGGACCGAACGACCGAAUUUACGGAUGCCGGUUUCCUGAUUGUAGUUAAUAGAUACUCAGUCAAUUAAGAAAUACAGAUCACUUCUCAAAUCAUAAGGAAUAAUAACCGUCAACUGUAGAAAUAUUUUGAAGAUAUUUUAACAAGUUCGUCGUUAACUGCAGAUAUUUACUUGGUGUUUGUGUUGAAAUGCAACAAUUUAUCAUUGCUUGCUUUGUGCUGACUGAAGAAAUUAAGACAAAUUAAUAAUACGGGUUUCAGAAAACAAUGCGUUAUUGAUACACUUACAAUGCACAUCAGAUUUUGCCGUUGAACUUAGAACGCAUUAGCUCUGAAAACAUUGGUAUCAAUUUUUGAAGAAAAUUGUUGUGAACACGUACGGUUGUUGGUAAACACUAAAAUACUUAUUACCACUGUAUAAAACGAUCUUAUACCUCAGUGUAACGUAACGGUGGCGUCCGGUAUGCCAGCGUACGACCACGGCGACAUCCUGUACCGUACGUGAUCACCGCGAGUGUCCGCCGGUAUGGUGAAACGGCCGAUGACCGAAUACAAUAUUCCGGUUACUCCACAGAGACCUAUUAUACCGCGAUCGCGGUCAUGGAACAUGGUGACGACGUGUUCAACCACACCCCCACGUCAGUCGUUACGUCACUCGAUCCCCGGGACUCACUGUACCGGUUGAGCGGCAUGGACAACGGCACCGACCCCACGGUCCAACAGGUGACCGGCGACAUGGACUGGUCCGAUUACGUGUCGGUGGCGCUGAAGACGUCGAUCAUGGCCAUCAUCAUCCUGACGUCGAUCGGCGGCAACCUGUUGGUGAUCGUAUCCGUGGCCCGACAUCCCCGGCUGCGGGUGAUUACCAACUACUUCGUCGUGUCGCUGGCGUUCGCCGACAUGCUGGUGGCCAUGGUGGCGAUGACGUUCAACGCCAGCAAGCUGAUCAGCGGCAAGUGGAUUUUCGGGUACUUCAUGUGCGACGUGUGGAACUCGAGCGACGUGUACUUCUCCACCGCGUCCAUACUGCACCUGUGCUGCAUCAGCGUGGACCGGUACUACGCCAUUGUCAAGCCGCUCAAGUAUCCGGUGCUGGUCACCAAGCGGCUGGUGGCGUUCUUGUUGCUCGUCACGUGGGUGGCGCCGGGCAUCAUCGCGUUCGUGCCCAUCUUCUACGGUUGGUACACCACCGACGAGUAUCUGGCCCACCGGAUGGCCAACCCGGACGACUGCGAUUGGGUGGUGAACAAAGUGUACGUGAUCGUGUCGUCGUCCAUAUCAUUUUGGAUACCCUGCACGAUUAUGUUAUUCACAUACCACGCGAUAUUCAAAGAGGCGAACCGGCAAGAGAAGCAGAUACACGCAAGGAUCAGUUGUGGUCAGCAGAUAAACUACAACCGGGAGUUGGCCGAAAACCAGCUGCGAUCGAAUGGCGCCGCAAACGGGUCAUCGUCCAGGACUACGCUGGCGCCCAACGAUCAUCACUCGACCCCUUCCCGGGAUAACAGGAACAUCAUCAAAAUGAAACGGGAGCACAAGGCGGCCAGGACGCUAGGCAUUAUUAUGGGCACGUUUAUCGUUUGUUGGCUUCCCUUCUUCUUGUGGUACGUUAUCACGACGUUAUGCGGCGAGGCAUGCAACAUAUCGUCGUCUGUGGUUGCCGUGCUCUUCUGGAUCGGUUACUUCAACUCGACGCUGAACCCACUCAUCUAUGCAUACUUCAACCGAGACUUCCGGGAAGCGUUCAAGAACACACUGCAAUGUGCGUUCUGCAACCUGUGCCGGAGCCCACCGUCCGACUUGGAGGCACUCGAUGCACGGAGGCCGUCUCUCCGGUACGAUGACCGGACGCGAAGCGUGUACUCUGAAACGUACCUGAACCACUGCGAUAGACGCCGGUCCAGUCAAUUUGGCAGCAGCUUAUGAUCCACUGCGCAGCCAAGACCCCGGCAUCGAAUUUAGAGCUUUUUCCGCACACCCCUAGCCGAAACCUGCACCGACAUCCACCCCCCCCCCUUUUGAAAAAACCCACUAUCUGCUGAAAAACAACAAAAAAGGAUAAACCGAAAAUCAGUACUAUUAGUGUUAUAACGAAACCCGUUACAUUAUCGUAUGAUAAUAUGAUAGAUGGCGUACUUAUUUGAUUUGACGAUAAUGAAAAAAAAAUAUGAGGGACGAUUUUCGUAUAGUGGACUUGACGAAUGCUCGGAAAAAUACAAGGAAUUACUUUUGUUUUUUCUUAUGUCUUAAAUCAUAUUAAUAGUAAUUUACAUUUUUAUAAUAAUA